AUGGGUAAAAAGCAUUUUAAUAAGAAAAAUGGAGGUGGAAACGGUGGCUCUAGAAAGCCAUCCGGCUGGCUAGAGAUUACUCGUGAAAACGAGAAUCUUGAGAACUACUACAAGGAACAGGCCAUCAUUGACCCCUCAGAGUGGGAUAAAUUCAAGGUUGCUUGUCAGAGCGACCUCCCGGUCACUUUUCGUUUAACUGGAUCAAAGAAACAUGCUAUUGAAGUGCGUGACUCGAUGGAGAAGAACUAUUUUCCCGAAUUGAAGGGAUUGAAGUGGGAAGGAGAGCCCGUACCAGAGCCCAAACCACUGGCUUUCUAUCCUGAUAACCUUGGAUGGCAAGUUAAUGUGGCUAAGCAGGUAAUUCGUAAGAAUAAGCCAUUUGCUCGGUUCCAGAGAUUUUUGGUUGUAGAAACAGAUGUCGGUAAUAUUAGUCGUCAAGAAGCAGUCUCUAUGAUUCCCCCAUUGCUUCUGGAUGUUGAACCCCAGCACGCUGUUUUAGAUAUGUGUGCAGCCCCUGGAUCCAAGACUGCACAGUUAAUAGAGGCUCUUCACUCGGGUCCUUCUAAUCCUACUGGAUUUGUUAUGGCUAAUGAUAGUGACUAUAAGCGAUCGCACAUGUUGAUUCACCAAGUCAAGAGACUCAACUCAGCUAAUAUGAUUGUCACGAAUCACGAUGCUCAGAUGUUCCCCAAGAUCAAAACUGGUGACAACGAAUAUUUAAAAUUUGAUAGAGUAUUGUGUGACGUUCCUUGUUCUGGUGAUGGAACUAUGAGAAAGAACAUCAAUGUUUGGAAGGACUGGACUGUUGGUAACGGCCUGGGCCUUCAUCCUACCCAGGUUAAUAUUCUUGCCAGAGGUGUUCAACUACUCAAGCAUGGUGGUAGAUUGGUAUACAGCACCUGUUCUAUGAACCCUAUUGAAAACGAGGCUGUCGUUGCUGAGGUUCUUAGACAAUAUAAGGACGUUUUGUCACUAGUAGACGUUUCUGACAGACUGCCUGGUCUAAUUAGAAGCCCCGGUAUUAGUAGCUGGAAGGUACAAACUAAAGACAAAGCCUGGAGACAGCGUGGUGAGGCUGGUUUGGCAAGGAGUCUGUUUUCUCCCGAUCAAGAUGAAGCCGACCAGUUCCACCUCGAGCGCACUCUGCGAGUUUACCCUCACCAACAGGACACUGGAGGGUUUUACAUUGCCGUUUUUGAGAAGAAGGCUGUAGAUGAGCAACCAUCCAAAAAGCGUGCCAUUGAGGAAAAUGGUGAGACAGUUUCUGAUGAUCAGCCCGAGAAAAAGAUUAAAACUGAUGAGUCCGAGACUGGGGCGGAGUUAGUGGAAUCUGCAGUUCCUACUCCUCAUCCCAUUCCAGAGUCUGAAGAGAAGCCUAAUGUAGUUGACGGCGAGUCUGUCCCUUCAACUGAACAAGAGCAAAGUGCUGGUGACUCUUCGACACCUAAGAAGGAGAAGCUCCCCAGAGACGCCAACGAAGAACCAUUCCGUUUCGUUGCCGACAAUCACCCAACUGUUAACGGAUGUUGGGAUUUCUACGGUAUUUCGCCAGAGUUCCCAAAGAACAGCAUUUUAGUGCGUAACGAGACUGGAGAACCUGUCAGAACCAUGUACUACGUUGCACCAAUUCUACGACCCAUCUUAGAGCUCAACAAUGCCAUCAAGUUCGUCCACGCCGGAAUCAAGAUGUUCGCCCAACAAAAGAAUGAGGGCAACUGCAAAUGGCGUGUCCAGUCCGAAGGUAUUGAGCUUCUAUAUCCAUAUGUCAGCGAGUCUCGGGUUGUCGAGGCCACUGGUCUGGAUACUCUUAAGGUUCUCUGUCAAAACUCGUUCCCACGAUUUAAAGAUCUCGAGACCCUGGAUAACAAGCUGAAAGAGCAAGUUGAAAAAGUUACUGAAGGCUGUCUUUUCCUGCGUGUUCCUCGCGAGAAUGGCCUGGAGUCACUCAUUUUCCCCAUGUGGAGAGGAAAGUCUUCUGUCAACAUAAUGCUUCCCAAGCAAGACACCCAAGAAGUACUCCACCGAUUCUUCGGUAUCGAGAACCUUAAAGAAACCAAGCAAAAGAGCGUCCCUGCUGUCGCUGUCCCCAGCGCAGGUGCCGAAACCGCUACUCCUGAAGUCGAGGAGCCUACCGCUGCUACUGAUGCCGCUGCUCCUUCCGCUUGA